GCUGUUUUUUUUCUCCUUUUGCGUACCGGCGCCUUCACAACCACCACCUGAAGAAAACGUGAAGGAGAACGACGGAAGACGAGUACGUCGCUGUCCUUCUACGUGUCGUGUGGGCGACGCAGAUAUAUCUAACAGAAGAAGUUAGCGGAGGACGAACUUUUCUUUCUUUGCUCUCUUAGGAUUUUGUUAAGUUAACUUCACCACCGUCUCCUUGUAUAUAAUUUUAUGACUGAUUCUCUUCCUUCUCUCCUCUUUUCUUUUAGCAUUAUUUCGUUGUGACCUUUAAAAAGAAAGCCUAAAUGGGUUAUUAGUUAUCCUCGCAUUUAGCGUUACCAUUAUAUCUUGCUUUUUACUUGGCUGCAUCACCCAAAAACACACACACACACACUUAUUUUCUUCCACCACCUUUUUAAAACUCUGUGUGUCGUUACUGGUGACUUCUUUCGCUCUCGCGGCCCGAACUGCACGUCGUCAGCGCUUUGAUCAACGCGCGUGCUGCGGAAGCUUUAAUUCUCGUUCCAAUUCAUUUUCUCAGCGUUCUUUCCUCCAAUUUGUGUCUGCAGCAAACGGCCUCCUUUGUGUUUCGUGCAUCGCAACCCUCUUGUCGUCGUCGCCGUGGCCGUCUUGUUUUAUCUCGUUCGAUAUCUUUAGGGCUUCAGUGCCUGAAGUCGGUGGCCUGAAAUACAUUUCUUUUUCUCCCGUUUCCUUUUUUUUCUUUCAAUGAAUCAACACUGCUUUGCCAAACGAUUUCUACUGUUUUGUAUUGUUGCAUCUCCGUUCGUAUUCCGUCUUCCUCCCCGACUGUCAUUCACUUCUAUCGUACACGAAGGUUUGCGGGAGAGUUGAGGCGCAACAACGUAGUAGAGGGUGUCAAGCGUGUGUGUCGGAGCAGUCGUUGCGGGCUUGCGUUGAGGACCUUCCUUCAGCGCAAAGCAAAUACUAUUCUCUACUUAAAAAGAGAGGCAGUAGUACCCUCAACGUUUCAAUACUCCUCUGAAGACGCCGUCCUGCCCCUCCUUUUUUCUCUCUUUCUCUCUUUCUUUGUACAAAGCGUAUUUAGCACUUUCACUAUUUUACCCGGGCUUGAGAGGCGCGUGUACUUUCCCUCACAUACCUCACGCACCUCUCAUUAUCUUUAAAAAAGCAUAUUUCUUCUCUUUCUGUUCCUCUUGCUUAGUCGGUGCACUUUUUGUUUUUGGCCGGUGACCUUGUACAGCAUCACUGCAUCAAACUAUUUGGUUGCCUUCGUUCUUCUUUUUCCUUUUCUUUUGCUCUGCAUCUUCGUUGUUUGCUGCUGCAUGAAUCGUGUGAUCGUGCAGUGCUCGCUCCCUCCUAAUUGCUGCUUCAAGACGACUACCGCUAACGUUGCUCUUCCCCUCCUUUCUCCCGGCUGUGUAGCACCGUCGUCAGCACUGCAUACUAUCUUUUCUUUUCUUGACCGAAGUGAAGCGUACAGCAGUCACCGGGUGCUAAGUGACAGCUUCCGAAAGAAAGAAAAAGAAUCAUUUUUGUUUUGUUCUUUAAGAAAAGAUAAAAGAACCCAGACAAGCACGCACAUCGCGCUUCCUCGUGUCGUCAUUUUUAGUAAAUAGAGACAACCGGAGGAGGUGGGGUGUGAAGCACGUUUGUCGAUCACCACGAGUGUGCGUGUUAGUGUGCUUUGUACUCGUACGGUGUGUGCCCGUGAAGACGCCAACGAGUCGGCGUCGUGACCCCCUUUUUCUUUUGUGGCCGUUUACAAAUUAGCCUCUUUUCUUUUCUUUCCUUUCUCUUUGUUGUUGUUGCUGUGUCCUACGUCGUCUAUUAAUCUUGAAGAAAACCCUCUUUUUUUUUGGCGGCUUCCGUGUUGUUUGUGCAGCUUCCUAAGAAUAAUAAAACGGUAUAUAUAUACAUACAUAAAUAAAGGAACACGUGGCAACUCCGCAGGUGCGUUUGCCGCUGCCGAAAACUGCUUUGCCUUUGUUUUUGUGUUUAUGUUUGUUUUGUUGGAGGACGGAAAAAUACUUUGGAUUACCUUGCUUUGCCUUUUUUUCUCCUUUGUACAUGGCAUUCUGCACGUAUAGCGGCUGUUGCUUCUUCUUUUGGAUUUCCUAGCUUGAGGGCGUGGUAUUCAACUUUUAAGGUGCCCUGUACUAUCUGGGAAGCUCCGUGUGCUUGAAAAAGGCGAGCAGCGACCUUUUCUUGUUGUUGCUGUUCCGUCGCGCCCAAAGAGUUUGUUUAUUCAUCUACGUGUAUCCGUACAUACAUUCAUUUGUAUACCCUGCGCCAUAUUGGGUGGAGGUGUGUUUCUAGCUUGUACGUUGUGGCGUGCUUCCUUUCGUUCUCAAUUCCCUCGUUGACGCGUGCGCUGACGCUUUCAGAGUUCCAAAGCUAAUUUGUCGGUUCUUUUUUCUGUUGUUUCGUACAGCGAUAUUCGGUACAGAACGGAGAAACUUUUGUUAUUGUUGUUGGAUAAUCGAAAACGAAGAGCCGCAAUUACGCGCGGUUGCUGCUGAUCGGAUUGAGCCGAGAGAGAGACGCACACACACACACACACACACAGAGAAAGAAUGGGCUGCAAUGAGUCAAAAGAACGCCUGCCGCAGCAGACGCACACCGGCGCAUCAGACCCGUCGGGGAACGACGGAGCCGCGCCGCAUAAAUUGUCGGAUAAUGCAAGUAACGCGGCCGUGAUGGCCUCACCGGGCAGCGCAGAUGAGGGCGAUGUGCUAGCGCGACAGACCAGCUCCGCCUUGCCUUGUGCGGCCACGCCGGUGCGCAGCCAUGGGUCGUCGCCUUGCCGAGACGUUCCUUCGCCAUACCGCCACGACGUGGCGAAAAGAAACAUUAAUCUUAAAGGGCACGUCACUGACGACCGUGAAGGCGGAACCGCUGGAGGACGAGCCACCGACACAGCGUCUCUGGCGUCGCAUGAAGUGCGUGUGGUGGAUCUUGAUGCGGCUGCGCUGACAAGCUCUACUACGCCGCCCCACAGCACCGGUCGUACAGACUCACUAAAUGUAGCGCACACCGACCGCAGGCAUUCACCGCAGUCGCCCGUCUCCUGCCUCUCCAACACCCCCACAAGGACGUCACCGCAUCCAGCUGUUGCACCGGCCUCUCCGGUGCCAAAGCGGGGCCCCCCGCUGCUGCUGCUGCUAACGCCGCCGUCGCUUUCUCUCAGCACCUCGGAUGAAUCGGUUAGUGUGACGGUAGCCGGCGGCGCCUCUCCUCACUUCGGUGCUGCUGAUGUGGCUGUUGAUGGUUCUCUCCGCCCUCGCGAGAGAAGCGGUCUGGCCGACCGCGACAGAUCCGGCAAUCGCGGUAAUGGCGGCGAGUUGGCGGGAGGGGAGAUGGGUGGCACCGCCGCCGCCACCACAGGUGCAGCAGCAACAGCAACUUUGAUGGACUCCGCCUCCUUCCUGCGCACCUUCCCCUCUACACAACCGCCCUCCGCACACGUCAGUCGUUCUCCCUCAACGCAACCGGCGAGAACGGGGUUCGUGCUGGUUCCCACCUCGCCCAGCGAUCCGGCGGCGGCAGCGUCGUUGUCUUCUUCUGCGAUGCAGCGGCAGCUUCUUCGGACUCAAAGCCCCAUCCGCUCCCCCAUUGACGUCUGUGCGGAACCAAUCGAUGUGCGGUCGCCGGCGACUUCGUCGGCCUCGCCUCGCCUGCCCACAACCGCGGCAGCGGGCAGCUCCCCGCGGUGCCACGGACAGCCCGUCGUCGCCCUCCUCAUUACCACUUCUAUUGACUACGACACCACCGCGGACGGCUGCUCGAGCACGCCGACGCAGCCUCUCUUCGCGGGUUCUGAACACAACGGCGACGGGAAAGAAGGGACGCUGCCGUAUCGGGGCUCCGUGACGCAGCGACGCAGCGCCAGCAAUUCCACCGCCUCCCCGCACCCCCGCACGCCGGUGUCGCUCGUCUCGCCGACCCGGCCGCGCAACAGCACGGUCACCGCCUUGUCGUCCGCAGCGGUGGCCGCGGACUGCAACGACGCCCCCUACGACCUUCCUCUGCCGGACGGUGAGGGGUGCUGUGCGACGCUACCCCCAUCCUCCGGCGGCAACAGCGCAACUACCCGGGGAUCAUCCACUGGAAAGGCGGCGGCGGCAGCGGCGAACAACACCGGUGGUGGUGUCAGUGUAGGCCGUGUCUCGUCCCCGCGGUGGCUGCACAGGAGCCCCAGUCUCCGCUCCCCUGCCGCACCGUCCAUGACCUUAACAGACAGGGAAAGCUUCCGCAGCAGCCACGUCAACGCCGUGUCGCCCAACGCGACGCCGGCUCUCACCUCGCCCUUUACAACGCACCUGCAGAACCACAACAACCUUCCACAUAGUCUUGGCCUCGCCAAUGGGAGUGGGAACUGGUGGCUGAGCGGUAGCGGCAUGGAGAACAGCGGGAGCUUCGCCGGCACCCCACCCACCAACUCGGAACUCGUACGCCAGAUCAACAAACCCACCACGCACAUCAAGUCCAUCCUACGCAAGGGCCCCAGCUCUUCCGCCAUCGCUGCUACCACCCACCCCGGCGGGGCCACCAUCACCACCGACGGUGAUGCAGCGACGACGACGACCACGCUGGGCGCCAGCGGUGUCCACUCCCGCGUGCUCUCCCCCUCGCUGACGCACCUGAACGGCAGCGCGUACUCGCCGCAGGUGGUGAUGCACGACGGCGUCUCCUCACUGCCCGAGAUGGCCCUUCGCACCGACUUCAUCACCACCCGGCCCUCGAGCAGCGACGUGGAUGUGGCGUCUCUGCCCACCGCGCACUUGCCUGUCCCAUCACCGCCGCCACCGCUGCCGGCAGGUCACAUCCACCCCCACUCGACUACUUCGUCCAAUGGUGCACCGCCGCGUCACUCCGGAGAGAUCGCGUUGGACGCCAGCAUCGGAAACGGCACGAAUGCAGGAGUUGCCGCGGCGGAAGGAAUGGCGGAGGACGGGCACCACCACCACCCCAACAACGAUCAACACAAUCAUCCUCAUUCUACUCCAGCGAGCGCUGAGAAGGGCAGGCAUGGACGGGGAGGUGGCGUGGGCGGCCGACUGUCCCCGUUGUCGCGUCCGGCGUCGCUGUCGUUGUGGCUCACACCGUGCUCGUCACCCCUACCCCAGCAGGACCGCCGUGGACAGUCAGGGAGCCCUCACAGCACCAGCCUGAAGACGACGAGUGUGACGCCUGCCGGUUUUGCUGAGGCGAAUGCUGCUGCUGCGCCGCUGCUGAAUGGUUCGCUGCGGGCGGCAUCGGAGUGCGCAGCCGCGGGAGGCGGCCUCACCUCGGAUGAGCCGCCGCCGGAUAUCGUGCUCGUUGCACAGCCAAAGCGUGUGCACCUCGCGGUGUAG